CUAGUUGAUAGAUGUCACUACUAGAUAAUCUUGACAUGACAGUUCCAGCUGCUGUGUUCGAGAAAUGCAAAAUAGUCGAAAUUAUUGUUGUUUUUCUUUGUUCUUGAAUUUGAAAUCUUAAUAAUAAUGAAGAAUUUUCCUGUGUUCGUAUUUCCAGUGUCACUAGAAUUCUACUUGAAUGCCAGGCACACUCAUAAGCAACUAUUAACCGUUUACAAUCCUUAUGACUUCUCCGUAAAUUUUAAAGUUUUAUGCACAUCUCCAAAUAAGUUUACAGUAAUUGACCCUGAGGGUAUUAUAGCUCCUCAAAGUUGCAUAGAUAUUGUUGUGCGAUAUACACAACCUUCUAUCAACCACUGUAACACGACCGAAAAAUUUAGGAUUACAAUGUUUGACAGAAAUACCCAGCAGGCUCUGGGUAAAAGAGAUGUUCCAACUAAAUUGAUAGAGGGGGAACCAUCAAACACAAAUCCUGAAAGUCUUGGAGACAAUUUUCAUCCAUUAUCAACUAAAGCAGCACCUAUAAGACCUCCAGAAGAAUAUUCACGAGUGAUAUGUAAUCAUCCCUUACAUCACCGAGAGCAACAACCUAUCAAUGUUGUAGCUGUUGCAAUAAGCAUAUGUUGCAUAGCAGCUUUACUCUUGCCUACACAGCCAGAGCAAGUUGUUAAAUCACAAUGGCCAGAGUGGCUACACAUAGGAUCAAAUCUUAAAUUAGUAUUUUCCUUUGUGCUUGGAUUGGUGAGUAUGUUAGUAUUAAGACAAUAAAUUAAACAAAAAUUUUCAUUAUUGUACGUUUGAAUGUAAAGAAAUUUCAUAUAGAUGUUUAUUUAAAUUUAAAGCGGUUUGGUGCAAUUGUUGUAAGGUUACAUUUUGUAAUCUGCAUUUAUGUCUGUUAAAAAUAAUGUGUAUAUUCAUAUAUUACUUAAAUAUGCCAUGUCACAGUAGUUUCCAAUUUUUAUUAUUGCUUAUGAUAAAUAAAAUAUCAAUGUAUGAACAUACCAAUUCAUAAAUUUCUGUCAUACACUGUCACUAUUAUAUUAUCAUAUGAACAAUUAGAAAUAAGUAUAUGUCCAUAAUAAGUACCUAAUUAAUUUUUACAAGAGUCAAUUUAUUUUUUAUUUUAGUUUAUUUUAGUUUUCCAUGAUAUUGAUUUCAUAAAUGUUUUUAAUAUUUGUAUUUAUUUUAAAUUAGUAUUCUUCUUAAUUAAUAUCAUGCAUAUCGAAAAAACUCCAUAUGGUUCUUAUUAAAAAAUUAACUUGAUCUUAUCUAGAAAAGUAAAUCACUUAAAGUAUAUAAAAGCUAUCAUAUCAUAUCAAUCACUUAAAGUAUACACACCCAAUUUCUGUAUGGGUGUUUGCAUGGUUAUUGAAUUUAAUGCUUACUAAUGAAUUGUAGUGUUUUAUAUUCGUGAAUAUUGGCACAUUAAAUUGCUAUAAAUAAAAAACCUCAACGAACUUGGCAUAUGAAAAGUAAAUUUUACUGGUAGUAAGGUUUUGUGCAAGCUCAUCUGGGUAAAAACCACUUGUUCAUCAGAUAUUCUACUGCAAAACAGCAAUACUUGGUAUUGCUGUGUUCCGAUAUGAAAGUGAGCCAGUGUUACAGGCACAAGGGACAUAAUAUCUUAGUUCCCAAGAUUGGUGGCGCAUUGGCGAUGUAAGCGUUUUACAUUUCUUACAAUGCUAAUGUCUAUGGGCAUUGGUGACAUUGGUGAGGUAUUGGUAAAAAAAAACCUUUAUUCACAUUGCUGGUAAUAAGUUAGAUAAUGAUUUUGCAUUUUAAAAACUUAAGACACACUUUUUUGCAUUUUAAAAACUUAUAAAAUAGCGAACAGUUAUGAAUUAUUAGUUAACAUUGCUAGAAUAUUUUGCGCUAAAAUAGAGUACAUACACAAUAGAAAAGGAAAAAAAAAUUACAGUUAACUGCCAAGUUCAGAGAGGUUAAAACUACAUAAUAAUUAAAUUAUUUUUAAUUUUUAUUAAAUAACAUACUAUCUGUACAUGGAAUGUACUUUUUUGGCUACUUCAUUAAAUGAAACAUUACAAUGCAUGUUUUUGAUAGUAUGAUAGAAAAAUGUUUAACUAAAUCCAGUCAGAAAAAAGUAUUAAUAUAAUAUAAUAAGUUUAUAUGAAUAUACAUAUAUUUAUAUAGGUAAUGAUAAAUGUAUACCCAGUCAUGACUGAAUCCAGUUGUGAGUUUAGUUUAUGAAAUUAAAGGGUAACAUGUCAAUUUUUAUUAUUUAUAAAAAAAAUGUAGAAAUUGUAUUAGGCAACCAGUUUGUAAAAAGUACACAAUUGUGUAUUUUAAUUACAUGACUCUAUAAGUUUUUCUGAAGCAGCUGAUUUAAACUAAUUUUAAUAUUUGUAUAUCAAUUUGUAUUGUAAAUGUAAAUAAGUAAUUCAUCAUGACAAUUCAAUAAUAAAAUUAGUUGUAGGUACUUCUUACUUAA